AGUGGGACUUUAAUCAAGCAGAGUAAAACGCAUCAACAAUUAAACUAAAUUUGUUUAAAUAAAUUCAACGUACAUUUUGUUUAAUAGUUUAAUAUGAUACUGAUUAAGUAAAACAAAAUGAGUUUAAAUAUGAUCAAUAUUUGUAAGAUGAAUAAUGAGACAGUGAAAAUAUAAAUAGAAACAUUAAAAAAAAUUGAGAAAGCUUGUCACCAAGUUAAAAUACACAUUUCACAAAUAAAAUAUCUAUAGAUUUCCUCAGACAAGUAAGCAAAACUUUUGCUUCUCUUUUUCCUUGGUCUAACAGCUGCAUCUGAAAAUGUCAAAUGUCAUGUAAACAUCUCAGUCAGCACGUCCGCUGUCUCGCUCAGUCCGUGCAUACAGAAGUUCUAGUUUAUGUUUCCGAUGCUCAACUCGCAGCUGCCGUAGAGACUUGCAAAGUGCUGAUUCGAGCAUGAAUGCUUUCACAUCAAACGCCACUAUCUAGGUCACGUGAGUUUUUUUGGUUGAAAACAAGUGUCGCUUCCUCCACAACAAGAGAAACUCAGCAACAGUCACAGUCGACAUGUCUGCUGUCUGGCUGACAUUUGCAGCCGUCCUUUGUCUGCUGAGUGCAGCAGAGGGGAACAAUAUAGUAUGGAAAAAGGUUGGCGAGGAUGUGACCAUCGCAUGCAGGACUUCACAGGAGCAGAAUCACAUGUUUUUAAAGAGGGGGCUCCACGAGGAAACAGUUCUUUUUUAUGCAGACAAAAAUUCUACCACGUCAAAGAUAGAACCAGCAAACAAAAUUCAGACAAGAGGAAAAUUCCCCAACAUCACUUUUACAAUCAAGAAUUUGACAUCGACUGACAUAGGACCUCACUGGUGUCUGUUCACACAUUAUGAUAAGAAUUUUAAAGGAACCACUGAUAAAAAGUAUGGAUCCAUACUUCUGGUGAUCAAAGAAGACGACUUUAAGGUCGACUGUUCACCGAACACGCCCAUGUAUUUGAUAGCCAUUGUGGUCUCCGCCACCGUGUUGAUCACCCUUGUGUUUACCAUCAUCUUAACAAGAUUUGUGAAGCUCAAGGGCCUCAAGAACCAGACACAACGACGCCCCACCAACGAUGUUUAUGAGGACAUGCGGGCAACAAUACGACGGUGAGGAUGAGAGCCUGGAGGACGGCAGCCGGCGAGGAACAGUAUCGAUAUGACACCAGUCACUCCAAAGAUAUGUUUGCAUCAAAGAAGCAACUCUAAGACAGUUUGAGCAUUUUAUAAAUACGUUUUUUUUAUGUAACUGGAAAAAAUGAACAAAAAGUUUCAGUUAAAGAUGAAGGUACGUGACUUUUAUUGACUGUAACAUGGAGGGAUGAAAACGAUGCCACCUUUGAUUGUGACUAGAAUUUUCUCAUAAAGAGUUAUUAGUUUUUGCUGAACAGUGUCUUACUCAUGGCUGAGAUGACUUUAAAGCCACCUUUGAGUCACUGCCAAAACUGAAAAAAAAGAGGAAUGGUUAACACUUCUCAAACUCUGUGAUCCUGUGGCCUCAUUCGGUGAUCACACAGCACACGAACGAAAUAUGUAAAUUUAUAACAGAUGUAUUGUAUGUACAAAGUCCAGUAGCCUCUCUGAUGAAACUGUUUUUGUUGGCCCCAUUCCACUUGCUUUUCUUUCAUUCAUGUUAGUCAUCUUAUCUUGAACUUUUAAGGUAACAGACUAUUUCCAGUAGCACCAAAUCAUGAUGGUACUUCUGCCGUGUUGAAAAGCUAGCAAGAUGUUUUGCUUAACAGUUAAGCUUUGUUGUUGUGUUUUGUUCAACAGUAAAUCCAAUACUUGUUUACUUUUACGUUUAAAAACUUUGGUAUUGAGUCAACUUGAUGGGGUUGUGAUUUCUUUAUGACAAAAAGAGGAAAUUUACUCUAAAAGG